AUGAUUAGCCGAUUGAAACGUCCGUUCUUUAGGUUGCUGCACUUUCGGCAGAACUCGAAGAAGCCAAGACUGCCCUCGACAACGCUAUCCGUUACCAAGGAAUUGCACGCUGCUGAUGAGCGCGCCAACCGUGCUCUUGCCGAUGCCGCCCGCGCUGUUGAACAACUCCAUGAGGAACAGGAACACUCGAUGAAGAUCGAUGCCCUUCGCAGAUCUCUUGAGGAACAGGCAAUACAGAUCCAGGAAGCCGAAGCCGCUGCACUUCUCGGAGGAAAACGAGUUAUUGCCAAGCUUGAGACUCGCAUCCGAGAUCUUGAAACUGCUCUUGAUGAGGAGACUCGUAGACACAAGGAGACGCAGAAUGCUCUGCGCAAGAAGGAUCGCCGUAUCAAGGAGAUCCAACAGCUCGUUGAUGAAGAGCACAAGAACUUCGUCAUGGCUCAGGAUACUGCCGAUCGUCUCCAAGAAAAGUUGAACAUCCAAAAGAGACAACUUGCCGAAGCCGAAUCGGUCACGAUGGCCAACCUCCAGCGAGUAAGACGAUACCAACAUGAGUUGGAAGAUGCGGAAGGUCGUGCCGACCAGGCCGAAUCCAGCCUGCACCUGAUCCGCGCCAAGCACCGCGGAUCCGUUGUUACCGGAAAGCCCGGAGCUAGCAAGGUUGGCUGA